UACGACGACGUCACGGAAGUAAACAAAAGCAUGUCGAACAGACAGACUCAGUCAAGAGAGAUGAACGGCCAAGCUGACGUUGAAGUCGACUACAAGCGGAAAUACAAAAACCUCAAACGAAAAUUAAAGUUUCUUGUUUACGAGCAGGAAUGCUUUCAGGAGGAGCUGAUGAGGUCGCAGAGAAAACUUCUCAAAGUUUCCAGAGACAAAAGCUUCCUCCUGGACAGACUGCUGCAGUACGAGAGGGUGGAUGAAGACUCCUCCGAUUCAGAAGCAACAGUUUCUUCAGACAACAGCGAAGGAGAAGGCCCCAGGGAGAGGGAACGAGAACGAGACGGAGCAAAAAAGCGAAGGAAUAUUCCUGGGUCGUGUCUUCCCUCCUCAUCCUCCCCUCAUCUGUCCCUGCUCUCCCGUCCCGGUAUAAAUCCCCUGCCGUCAUCGGGCUCUGGACCCUACCUCAACACCAUGCCCUUCCCACCAGAGUAUUUGGCUCCUCCAGCUGAACGAAUGAAGAAAGAGAGAAAAACAAAGACGCCUAAAAACAAGAGAGACACAACGGGAAAGGUUGCAAUGGCAGCUAAUUACCCAUCAGCCCCUGCGGUCCCUCCGGCAGCCAGCGGCCCCUUCAGCUGGGUUCCCAGACAGAUGCUGAGUGGGGAUGCAGCUGAGGAGGAGGGCGAGAGCGAUGGAGACAGCGACAGAGGAGAUGAAGACCGAGGGGAGGGAGACGAGGCUGAGCUGGUCAUUGACAUCCCUAAUGAGUGAGAGCCGGUGUGUGUUGAUGUGCUUCUAAGCAAGGGGUGGAAGGUUUGUACAUCCGUGUGUGUGACAGCGAAAGACAGAAUGAGACUGAAUGUAUAUUUCAUAGCGCGUUGGCUACUUUCACAACAAAAGGAGGGCGACGGUUUUAAUUAUAUUCAGAAAUAAAUCCGUGACAAAAACAAGAGUUUAUAAGCUUUAAGAACAAUCCGCUGCCCCUGGAUUGAUAGGAUACUUUGCUUUUUAAGGCGUUUCUGUUUUGACUAAACAGUCGAGCUAUCUAUGAACUGUGACUGCAACUCGGUGUGUCCUGCACAAAGACGGCUUUCCUUUGUCCUUCACCAUCUCACACUUGGAACGCGUUAAUACUGCAGUCCAUUAAAGAUGUUUGAGUAUGAUUUGGAUUUUUCAAAUGUUACAUCCACGUUGCUCGUACAUGCAGUUUUGUCGUUCUACUGUUUGUUGUUCAACAACUUGUGAAAAAUCAAAGCUACGUCGUGUGAAUUGAGAUGUAUUUUGUGUUGCUCCUAUCUAAUUGUGUGCGUCAGAAUACAAUGUAAAAUCGUAUCAUUUCAGAUCACUAAAAGCUUUUGUUUAUAGUUAAA